GUCUGGGGUAUGUGCCAGCCCCGACCAGCACUGGGGUGGGGCUACCCCCACCCUGACUGACAUUCCUGGUUCAUGAGCCAGGGGCUUUUCAGUGUGUUGAAUAGACACGUAAUUCACUCUUUAAAAGCAGAACUGGGCAGCUGUAGCUGUGGUUGGCUGAGGAACAUGUGCUGUUUCCUCCAAGAUGCUUGUGAAAGCAGCCUGACAGCUACCCGGGUUGUCACUUAGAGCCAGGACUCUGAGCCGAUCCUUGAGCACAGGAGAGCAGCUCCUGGCCAGCCAGUUGGGCUCCGGCACUGCACAGGGGCACUCAUUCUGAAACACAGCAGGAAGGACCCCAGGCCAGUCAUAAUCACAGGGCAUCCACCAUGACUGUGGUCCUCAUCUUUUGGAUCUGUGUCAUGCGCUGCAUUGGAGCUGGCCAGUCCCUCAGGGGGCAUGGUUGGGAGAGACCAUCUCCUGACCCCAUUGUCCAGGACAAGCCAUUUGUUGUGGUUUGGAACAUGCCCACGACAAAGUGCCAACAGCGAUUUGGGGUCGCCUUGCCUCUUGGGGACUAUGGCAUUGUGGAGAAUCAAGGCAAUGAGUUCCAGGGACAAAACAUGACCAUCUUCUACAAGAACAAGUUUGGACUUUAUCCAUACAUCUCCCAAGAGGGGAAACCCUACCAUGGUGGGAUACCCCAGAAAGUCCACCUCAAGAGGCACCUAGAGCAGGCCUCAUUGAAAAUCUGUGAGCUUAUGCACCAGGACUUCCAUGGUCUGGCAGUGGUGGACUGGGAGGAGUGGAGACCGCUCUGGGUACGGAACUGGGGCACCAAGAGAUUAUACAGGGAGACCUCUGUGCAGUGGGUCUGGGAGAGGUUUCCAGAGUUGCCAGUCAAGAAACGAGCCCUCUUGGCUGAGGUGGAAUUUGAGGAAGCAGCACAAGUGCUCAUGGAGAGGACGUUGACACUGGGGAAGGCGCUGAGACCAGGGGGCUUCUGGGGCUUCUAUGGGUUCCCCAACUGUUUCAACAACAACUGGGAGAAAGAGGACAACUACACUGGCAAAUGCAGCCUGCUAGAGAUGGCACGAAACAACCAGCUCACGUGGCUGUGGGAGGUGUCCACUGCACUCUACCCGAGCAUCUAUCUUCCGCCCAAACUGCCAGAGUCUGAGCGCCGGCGCUAUGUCCACCACCGCCUGCUGGAGGCCUUCCGGGUGGCACGGUUCAACUUGGAGUGGAGCUUGCCUGUGAUAGCAUAUUCCAGGGUUUCCUAUAGGCUCUCCCCCAAAUACCUGUCUGAGGCUGAUCUGGUUAAUACCAUUGGGGAGAGUGCGGCCCUUGGUGUUGCUGGCGUGGUCCUGUGGGGGGACAGUUCCUACUCCCAUUUGGCUGACAGCUGCAAGAGCCUCCAUGAUUACAUAACCAGCACCCUGGGGCCAUAUGUAAUGAAUGUGACAACAGCUGCCCAACAGUGCAGCCGCCAGCUGUGUCAUGGACACGGGCGCUGUGUGAGACAGCACCCUCAGGAGCUUGGUGCCUUCCUUCACCUUGACCCAGAGCAGCAGGCAGAGGAGCCUGUGCUGACCAACCACCUGAGCAUGGACCAGUUGGGGCAUGGGGUGUGGCAGCUGUUUCAGUGCCACUGCUACCACAGGUGGACAGGUGCCAACUGUGAGAAACAGGUAUGGACUGAGCCUGUCAGGAACCCACUCUCCAUUCUGCCAUCACAGAGUCAGGAUGUCUGUGUUACAGGGCAGGACGGAAACACCUUACCAAGUUCAGAGGACUGCACUAACUUUGCUUACAAUGAGAAGACAGAUCUUUGAUGAUCCUGUUGUCCAGAGAACAGUGGCCCCACAGCCUUCAGACUGUUCCUGGGCUGGGGGCGGCAGGGAGGAUGCUGCAUCUAUUUGCUCAUGACAGCUCUUUGUUGGAUCUGCCAGCUGCUGGUCUGCUGCUCCAAAGGUGCAGUGAGAGUCCCCAUCCCCUCCCCCAGUAAUCAAAAGUGUUUCUGCAUACAAAUAAAAUGAUCAAUGGUCUCACAACACAGGGCAAGGGAUGCCAGGGCCCUUAUAGCCUGUCACUGAAUGCUUUUAUCUUGACUGUCUAGGGGUUUUUCCCCUUGUCCCCAAGCCAUCUUGUUGUAGCAUGCCCAGCCUUGACUCUAGCAAUGGGGAGGGAACCUGCACCCUUUUGCCCUGAAAACACACUCCCCUUUGACUUGAGGUAAAGGAGUAAUUCCACCAGGGGCUCCUCUAAGGAGACUGUUGUUUCCUAUGGGGGCCAACACUAGCAGAGCUGCUGAUACUCAGCAGAGUAGAGACAAGCUACCUCAUCUUUCUCUGGCUGUGUUGCAGGCAGUGUAGGUUUAUUGGGGAAGUUUGGCAGGGACGAUGCUGGAGGUAUAGAGCAAGGGGAGACAGUGGUUCAAAUGUCCAAUACCCCUGGGCAACAGCCAGCUCUGGGCAGUCAGAGCAGACUAGUCCCCUCCUCCCGAGGCUGCACAAAUGGCCACAAUAAAGCUGAUCAGAAUUUGGGUGAAACAUCAAAAAUGGGAAAUGGAAAACUGCCCCCAGCUCCUUCCCACAGUUUCCUGCCUGCCCCAGGUGCCACCAGAGUACAAGUCUAGGCAGGCUGACACUGCUGUGGAGGGACAGCAUGAGCUCAACCUCCCUGUGCUGCCUUCUCAAGUCAGGGUGGGAAAGGGCUUUCACAGCAAUACUGGGGAAUGUCUUCUGUCACUGUUCUCCACUGACGGGACCAAACCAAGAGCCAUAGACUCAAAUGCCCUUGAUGCUGGCACUUGGUCUCACACUCAAACUCAUCAUUCCCACCUCUGAAAUGGGCCAAGACCCACUUGGGCUUUUCACUCUUAAGUCAUCGAGUCAUCCCGAGUCUUGUGGCUCUGUUCAGGCAGAGCCAACCUCCUUUCUGCUUUCAAUAACACCUCUCGGAAGUUCGGUGCUGAUGAGCUCAGACCUGAUGCUCCCACAGCUAAAAUUAACAGCUGUCCCUGAGCCAGUCCAUGAUCUCAGAAGAGGGAGAAGAUUUCAGUUAAAUGCAGCCUGCCAGGAUUUGAUCUGACCCCCUCUACCUCAGUAUACCAAUAUGCUCCUCUUCCAUGUUAUGUCUCAGCCCUGUGCCCACAGAUGAAAUUGGGUGGCUGGUUGUUACAUG